GCUUGGUCACAUACUGCAAAUACUCCAAUCUCAUAACAGCUGAGUGACUGCAAGAGCAGGAAAGCACAAGAAAACCAGCAGACGGGCUGAGAAAAUAACACAAGAAACCAAUAUACAACAAUUUCCAGUGUGAAUUCUUUGUGCAUGCUCUGCCUUUUCUGGCUGUAUACUCCAUUAAAGUAUGGUAAGGAAUAUAGAUGACCUUGAAUUUUGCCUUCCAUCGCACUCAGACUCUAUUCUUGCUGGCCUUCGAUCUCUUUGCUUUAACUCAAGGCUCUCCGAUGUCACGCUGGUGGUACAAGGGCAUGAGUUUCCAUGCCACCGUGCUGUGCUUGCACUCUGUAGCCAGUACUUUCACACCAUGUUCAGUGGAGACUUCCAGGAAUGCAUCUCAGCUCAUGUAGAAAUCAAAGAAGUGGACCCACAACUGAUGAAGACUUUGAUUGACUUUUCCUACACUGGUCGUCUCACCAUUAACCAGGGCAAUGUAGAGGGGCUCAUUCGCAUCUCCAAUCAACUUAGUUUUCCAGCUGUUCGUAAGGUUUGCAGUCGAUAUUUGCAGCAGCAGAUGGAUGCCACAAAUUGUCUGGGUAUCUGGGAAUUUGGAGAAACCCAUGGUUGUCCUGAAGUGGCAGCAAAGGCUUGGUCCUUCCUACAGGAGAACUUUGAAGCUGUUUCACAAGAAGAGGAGUUUCUGCUUCUACCUCCUGAGCGCCUGCUUCGAUAUUUAGGAGAUCCACUUCUUCAAGUUAGGGAGGACCAGAGCCGUGCAAAGGCAGCUCUUCACUGGGUGAGGCAAAAUGAGGAGUACAGGGCCCAGUACUUGCCAGAACUGCUAAGCAUGUCCAGGCUUUCCAGCUUGAAUGACCUCUAUCUGCAGGAGCUGAUUGAAGAAGAACCCUUGAUAAUUGAGUCAGAAGCCUGCAAAAAUCUGGUUACCCAAAAUCUUGGGCAGGUGACAAGGGGCCCGACAGAGCAAACUCCAAUUUCUCUUCAGGAAGUGCUGGUGGUGGUGGGAGGGAAAGUCCUGGAGGAGGAGGAGGAAGAGGAUGAAGAUGAAGAUGAGGAAGCUCCCCCUCGGACAUGUCCAAACUUUGCUUACUAUAGCACCAAGACAAAAAUGUGGAUGAGUCUUCCUGAUUUUCCAGAUUAUAAUAAAUGGGGUUUCUCCAUCACUUCCUUGAAUAACGAUGUGUAUGUCACAGGUGGGUCCAGGGGAUCUAGAGAUGACUCUUGGUCUACAAGGCAGUGCUGGCGAUUCAUUCUGAAUCUGGGCAUAUGGAAACAAAUCUCUCCAAUGAUAAACCCACGGACAAAUCAUUCCAGUGCUUCUCUUAAUGGAGAGAUUUAUGUCAUCGGAGGAACCUUGCAGGAAGCAGUGGAAGUGGAAUGUUAUGACCCUUAUAAUGAAACAUGGGCACUAGUCAGCCCUGCCCUAAAGUAUGUGAGCAACUUUUCAGUUACAGGAUGCAGCGGAAAACUGUAUUUGAUUGGUUCCUGUGCCAUUAAAUAUAAUGCACUGACCUUGCAAUGCUACAACCCAUCUACAGAUGGCUGGAGUUUAAUUGCAUCCCCAUUUAUCCCAAAGUAUCUGUCAUCUCCACGCUGCUGUGCACUGGGUGGGGCUGUGUACCUGAUUGCCGACAACACCAAAAAGGUGUUCAUGUACCUCCCAGAAGAAAACCUUUGGAAAAAGGUGCAACUACUCCACACGCUUCAUGAAAAUGGAGGUAUGACGGCUGUAGGGUCCCGGCUGUAUGUAACAGGAGGGCACUGGUACGGCAUGGCGCAUGAGUACAGCGUGGAAAUGGAGUCAUAUGACUGCAAUACAGAUGUGUGGUCCCGUGAAGGAUCUCUCCCCAGCCGCUGGAUGUACCACUGCACUUCAACUAUAUUUAUGGACACAUCUCGUUGGACGGAAAUAUUUCAAGGACAGUCAUAGUAGAAUAUGUGACAGACUAUUUUCAUAAAACAGAACAGUCCACAAUGGAUUGAAAUAUAUCAAUAACCUUUUAAAUUGCUGUCAAAAAGAUGUGUUGCUGGCGCGUUUUGGAGAGAAACACUUAUCCGCCAUGUACUCACUAGAUCCCCCAAUCACAGCACAUUAAAAUAACCUUCCAUUGGUUAAACACUAAUAAACAGGAAUUCCAUAUAUUAUUUUUGUGCCUUUGCAUUUGUAAGGCUUUUUUUUAUUAAAAAUGCUAAUUAUGUCGUAAAACAUUGUAUAAAUCUGUUUCAAUGCUUUGAAUCCCUAUGUCUUGUUUCAAAAUAAUGCUAAAAUCGCUCAUUUGUUGUGGUUCACCUAUUUACUGGUGCGUUUCACCACUUUUAGCAUUUUUUCUAUAUUUUUUAACUAGUUUUUUUGUUAACUCACCUUUUAUUUUAUAUUGCUUUGGUAUUGCCCAUUGGUGAAUGUGUUAAAAGGUAAGGCAACAAAACAGGACGUUUUUUUCUAACUGAGCAUAGGAAAUUUAUAUAUAAUUAUGGUGAUUUUCUUUUAUUGGCUCCUUUCAUUUUGAAGCAAUUAUCAAGUACUCUCCCUUUUUGUUAAACUUGGGAAUGUCAUCAUGGAGGAAGGUGGACAUUUUAUGGGGAAAAAACAUUGUUGUGUUUGUAUUUCACUUUGCUCCCCAGCCCACCAGUAAAUGCUAUAAAGGGGAAGGAGACAAAAAAGUGCUACAAUUAUAACUAUAUUUUAUAAGUUUACGAUUGAAUAACUCCCUAUCUGGAUCAGAUUAGAGCAGUGGUUUUCAAAGUCUUAGACAGUGGGCCUCCCCUCUGACAAAAUGUAUUAAGCAGCUCCCCCAUAAUCUAUGUUACUUUAUUUUUCUCUUGAAAGAAAAUCAUAAUAAUUUAUUUAUUUAUUUUUAAUUUGGCCAAUUUACAUCUGAUGGAAGGUUGACACACAACUGCUCAACGAAAAUGAGCUUCACUUAUGUUUCAAUUUGCACUGUUACUCCUGUAUUAAGUUAUUAACCAGAGGUUAUUGCUCAAGAUAAACAUAAAGCUGUCCUCAGUGCUUUUCUUCCACCUAUAUCCCUCCCUGUUUUCUUAUUCCACCAUGACAUGGCAAGCGUUAUUGUCGGCUCUUAAACUCUGUUCUAUGUUUGGCCAAAGUCAGGUGUAGCUUGUGUCAUUGCUCCCGCGCAUCCCCUUAUGAGCUCUAGAGCCCCCCCCCCACUGGAUAGCCAGCCUCACACUUUGUAAACCACUGGUUUAGAGAAACAAAUAAAGGAUCCUUAAAUUAUAAACAAUUAUUUAUCUGCAACAAUUGAGUGUUUUAUUUUUCAAUGUGAUAUUAAAAUAUGUUUACCAAGCACAAUAAUGUCUGUCUAAAA